AUGACUGCGAGAGCCUGCUGCCAAGCGCAAAGUCCCCGGCUCGUUCAGCGAUACUGUCACAUGAUUCGUGCUGCGUGGCAUUACGACAUUGUAUCGCAUUCCUCCCCGGUAUCAAACUUUGCGUGGGUAAAUCUACGCGCGUUCUGGGCAUACCAGCGUACGAUAUCGGCCAUGGCGCGGCACCCUACCUUUUCAUGCUUGACGACGAAUAUGCUUCAUGCGGUGUCGCGGACAUCCGAGCGCGGCUGCCCGCGGCCCAAGUGCCUGGUGAAGCGCCGCGCCUGCCCCUCUCCCUCUCCCCCUCUCAGCCGAGGGACCAGGGCGAAUUGCCGCCCGGGAACCCGUCGCGGGCCCUUCCUUAUCUUUGACAUGGACGGACACUAA